AUGACAAGUCCUAAUACUUCACCAUUGAUAGAUCAAAACGAAUCCCCAGAAACAAGUCCUACUACGUCGCCAACAACAAGUCCUGCGACAUCACCAACAACCAGUCCUACUAAUUCUCCAACAACAUCUCCAACUACAAGUCCUACUACAUCACCGACAACCAGUCCAACCACAUCUCCAACAACCAGUCCUAAUACUUCUCCAACAACAUCUCCAACGACAAGUCCAACUACUUCACCAACGAAAAGUCCAACCACAUCACCAAUAACCAGCCCAACUACAUCACCGACUACGUCUCCAACGACAAGUCCUGCCACUUCUCCUACAACCAGUCCAACUACAUCGCCAACGACCAGCCCGACUACUUCACCAACGACAAGUCCAACUACUUCACCAACGAACAGUCCAACCACAUCACCAACAACCAGCCCAACUACAUCACCGACUACGUCUCCAACGACAAGUCCUGCCACUUCUCCUACAACCAGUCCAACUACAUCGCCAACGACCAGCCCGACUACUUCACCAACGACCAGUCCUACGGCAUCACCAACAACCAGUCCUACUACUUCACCAAUAACCAGCCCAACUACAUCUCCAACAACAAGUCCAACUACGUCUCCAACAACAAGUCCUACUACGUCUCCUACAACCAGUCCGACUACAUCUCCAACAACAAGUCCUACUACAUCACCAACAACUAGUCCAACUACGUCUGCAACAACAAGUCCUACUACUUCUCCUACAACAAGUCCAACUACAUCACCAACGACGAGUCCGACUACUUCACCAACAACCAGUCCUACUACGUCUCCGACAACAUCUCCAACAACAAGUCCUACUACUUCACCAACGACCAGUCCAACAACAUCUCCAACAACCAGCCCUACUACGUCUCCGACAACUAGUCCGACAACGUCUCCAACAACAAGUCCUACGACAUCACCAACAACCAGCCCAACUACAUCACCGACUACGUCUCCAACGACAAGUCCUACCACUUCUCCUACAACCAGUCCAACUACAUCGCCAACGACCAGUCCGACUACUUCACCAACGACCAGUCCAACGGCAUCACCAACAACCAGUCCUACUACUUCACCAACAACCAGCCCAACUACUUCGCCGACAACCAGUCCUACUACGUCUCCUACAACCAGUCCGACUACAUCUCCAACAGCAAGUCCUACAACAUCACCAACAACUAGUCCAACUACGUCUCCGACAACCAGUCCGACUACGUCUCCAACAACAAGUCCUACGACAUCACCAACAACCAGCCCAACUACAUCACCGACUACGUCUCCAACGACAAGUCCUACCACUUCUCCUACAACCAGUCCGACUACUUCACCAACGACCAGUCCUACGGCAUCACCAACAACCAGUCCUACUACUUCACCAACAACCAGCCCAACUACUUCGCCGACAACCAGUCCUACUACGUCUCCGACAACCAGUCCGACUACGUCUCCAACAACAAGUCCUACGACAUCACCAACAACCAGCCCAACUACAUCACCGACUACGUCUCCAACGACAAGUCCUACCACUUCUCCUACAACCAGUCCAACUACAUCGCCAACGACCAGUCCGACUACUUCACCAACGACCAGUCCGACUACUUCACCAACGACCAGUCCAACUACUUCGCCGACAACCAGUCCUACUACAUCACCGACUACGUCUCCAACGACAAGUCCUACCACUUCUCCUACAACCAGUCCGACUACUUCACCAACGACCAGUCCUACGGCAUCACCAACAACCAGUCCUACUACUUCACCAACAACAAGUCCUACUACAUCACCAACAACUAGUCCUACUACGUCUCCGACAACCAGUCCGACUACGUCUCCAACAACAAGUCCUACGACAUCACCAACAACCAGCCCAACUACAUCACCGACUACGUCUCCAACGACAAGUCCUACCACUUCUCCUACAACCAGUCCAACUACAUCGCCAACGACCAGUCCGACUACUUCACCAACCACCAGUCCUACGGCAUCACCAACAACCAGUCCUACUACUUCACCAACAACCAGCCCAACUACUUCGCCGACAACCACACCUACUACGUCUCCGGCAACCAGUCCUACUACGUCUCCUACAACCAGUCCUACUACAUCUCCAACAACAAGUCCUACUACAUCACCAACAACUAGUCCAACUACGUCUCCGACAACCAGUCCGACUACGUCUCCAACAACAAGUCCUACGACAUCACCAACAACCAGCCCAAAUACAUCACCGACUACGUCUCCAACGACAAGUCCUACCACUUCUCCUACAACCAGUCCGACUACUUCACCAACGACCAGUCCUACGGCGUCUCCGACAACCAGUCCGACUACGUCUCCAACAACAAGUCCUACGACAUCACCAACAACCAGCCCAACUACAUCACCGACUACGUCUCCAACGACAAGUCCUACCACUUCUCCUACAACCAGUCCAACUACAUCUCCAACAACAAGUCCUACUACGUCUCCUACAACCAGUCCGACUACAUCUCCAACAACAAGUCCUACUACAUCACCAACAACUAGUCCAACUACGUCUGCAACAACAAGUCCUACUACUUCUCCUACAACAAGUCCAACUACAUCACCAACGACGAGUCCGACUACGUCUCCAACAACCAGUCCGACUACGUCUCCAACUACAUCACCGACUACGUCUCCAACGACAAGUCCUACCACUUCUCCUACAACCAGUCCGACUACUUCACCAACGACCAGUCCUACGGCAUCACCAACAACCAGUCCUACUACUUCACCAACAACCAGCCCAACUACUUCGCCGACAACCAGUCCUACUACGUCUCCGACAACCAGUCCGACUACGUCUCCAACAACAAGUCCUACGACAUCACCAACAACCAGCCCAACUACAUCACCGACUACGUCUCCAACGACAAGUCCUACCACUUCUCCUACAACAAGUCCAACUACAUCGCCAACGACCAGUCCGACUACUUCACCAACGACCAGUCCGACUACUUCACCAACGACCAGUCCAACUACUUCGCCGACAACCAGCCCUACUACAUCACCGACUACGUCUCCAACGACAAGUCCUACCACUUCUCCUACAACCAGUCCGACUACUUCACCAACGACCAGUCCUACGGCAUCACCAACAACCAGUCCUACUACUUCACCAACAACCAGCCCAACUACUUCGCCGACAACCAGUCCUACUACGUCUCCGACAACCAGUCCGACUACGUCUCCAACAACAAGUCCUACGACAUCACCAACAACCAGCCCAAAUACAUCACCGACUACGUCUCCAACGACAAGUCCUACCACUUCUCCUACAACCAGUCCGACUACUUCACCAACGACCAGUCCUACGGCGUCUCCGACAACCAGUCCGACUACGUCUCCAACAACAAGUCCUACGACAUCACCAACAACCAGCCCAACUACAUCACCGACUACGUCUCCAACGACAAGUCCUACCACUUCUCCUACAACCAGUCCAACCACAUCUCCAACAACAAGUCCUACUACGUCUCCUACAACCAGUCCGACUACAUCUCCAACAACAAGUCCUACUACAUCACCAACAACUAGUCCAACUACGUCUGCAACAACAAGUCCUACUACUUCUCCUACAACAAGUCCAACUACAUCACCAACGACGAGUCCGACUACGUCUCCAACAACCAGUCCGACUACGUCUCCAACUACAUCACCGACUACGUCUCCAACGACAAGUCCUACCACUUCUCCUACAACCAGUCCGACUACUUCACCAACGACCAGUCCUACGGCAUCACCAACAACCAGUCCUACUACUUCACCAACAACCAGCCCAACUACUUCGCCGACAACCAGUCCUACUACGUCUCCGACAACCAGUCCGACUACGUCUCCAACAACAAGUCCUACGACAUCACCAACAACCAGCCCAACUACAUCACCGACUACGUCUCCAACGACAAGUCCUACCAAUUCUCCUACAACCAGUCCAACUACAUCGCCAACGACCAGUCCGACUACUUCACCAACGACCAGUCCGACUACUUCACCAACGACCAGUCCAACUACUUCGCCGACAACCAGUCCUACUACAUCACCGACUACGUCUCCAACGACAAGUCCUACCACUUCUCCUACAACCAGUCCGACUACUUCACCAACGACCAGUCCUACGGCAUCACCAACAACCAGUCCUACUACUUCACCAACAACCAGCCCAACUACUUCACCAACGACCAGUCCUACGGCGUCUCCGACAACCAGUCCGACUACGUCUCCAACAACAAGUCCUACGACAUCACCAACAACCAGCCCAACUACAUCACCGACUACGUCUCCAACGACAAGUCCUACCACUUCUCCUACAACCAGUCCAACCACAUCUCCAACAACAAGUCCUACUACGUCUCCAACGACAAGUCCUACCACUUCUCCUACAACCAGUCCGACUACUUCACCAACGACCAGUCCUACGGCAUCACCAACAACCAGUCCUACUACUUCACCAACAACCAGCCCAACUACUUCGCCGACAACCAGUCCUACUACGUCUCCGACAACCAGUCCGACUACGUCUCCAACAACAAGUCCUACGACAUCACCAACAACCAGCCCAAAUACAUCACCGACUACGUCUCCAACGACAAGUCCUACCACUUCUCCUACAACCAGUCCGACUACUUCACCAACGACCAGUCCUACGGCGUCUCCGACAACCAGUCCGACUACGUCUCCAACAACAAGUCCUACGACAUCACCAACAACCAGCCCAACUACAUCACCGACUACGUCUCCAACGACAAGUCCUACCACUUCUCCUACAACCAGUCCGACUACUUCACCAACGACCAGUCCGACUACUUCAGCAACGACCAGUCCAACUACUUCGCCGACAACCAGUCCUACUACAUCACCGACUACGUCUCCAACGACAAGUCCUACCACUUCUCCUACAACCAGUCCGACUACUUCACCAACGACCAGUCCUACGGCAUCACCAACAACCAGUCCUACUACUUCACCAACAACCAGCCCAACUACUUCGCCGACAACCAGUCCUACUACGUCUCCGACAACCAGUCCGACUACGUCUCCAACAACAAGUCCUACGACAUCACCAACAACCAGCCCAAAUACAUCACCGACUACGUCUCCAACGACAAGUCCUACCACUUCUCCUACAACCAGUCCGACUACUUCACCAACGACCAGUCCUACUACUUCGCCGACAACCAGUCCUACUACGUCUCCGACAACCAGUCCGACUACGUCUCCAACAACAAGUCCUACGACAUCACCAACAACCAGCGCAAAUACAUCACCGACUACGUCUCCAACGACAAGUCCUACCACUUCUCCUACAACCAGUCCGACUACUUCACCAACGACCAGUCCUACGGCGUCUCCGACAACCAGUCCGACUACGUCUCCAACAACAAGUCCUACGACAUCACCAACAACCAGCCCAACUACAUCACCGACUACGUCUCCAACGACAAGUCCUACCACUUCUCCUACAACCAGUCCAACUACAUCUCCAACAACAAGUCCUACUACGUCUCCUACAACCAGUCCGACUACAUCUCCAACAACAAGUCCUACUACAUCACCAACAACUAGUCCAACUACGUCUGCAACAACAAGUCCUACUACUUCUCCUACAACAUGUCCAACUACAUCACCAACGACGAGUCCGACUACGUCUCCAACAACCAGUCCGACUACGUCUCCAACUACAUCACCGACUACGUCUCCAACGAAUAGUCCUACCACUUCUCCUACAACCAGUCCGACUACUUCACCAACGACCAGUCCUACGGCAUCACCAACAACCAGUCCUACUACUUCACCAACAACCAGCCCAACUACUUCGCCGACAACCAGUCCUACUACGUCUCCGACAACCAGUCCGACUACGUCUCCAACAACAAGUCCUACGACAUCACCAACAACCAGCCCAACUACAUCACCGACUACGUCUCCAACGACAAGUCCUACCAAUUCUCCUACAACCAGUCCAACUACAUCGCCAACGACCAGUCCGACUACUUCACCAACGACCAGUCCGACUACUUCACCAACGACCAGUCCAACUACUUCGCCGACAACCAGUCCUACUACAUCACCGACUACGUCUCCAACGACAAGUCCUACCACUUCUCCUACAACCAGUCCGACUACUUCACCAACGACCAGUCCUACGGCGUCUCCGACAACCAGUCCGACUACGUCUCCAACAACCAGCCCAACUACAUCACCGACUACGUCUCCAACGACAAGUCCUACCACUUCUCCUACAACCAGUCCGACUACUUCACCAACGACCAGUCCUACGGCGUCUCCGACAACCAGUCCGACUACGUCUCCAACAACAAGUCCUACGACAUCACCAACAACCAGCCCAACUACAUCACCGACUACGUCUCCAACGACAAGUCCUACCACUUCUCCUACAACCAGUCCAACUACAUCUCCAACAACAAGUCCUACUACGUCUCCUACAACCAGUCCGACUACAUCUCCAACAACAAGUCCUACUACAUCACCAACAACUAGUCCAACUACGUCUGCAACAACAAGUCCUACUACUUCUCCUACAACAAGUCCAACUACAUCACCAACGACGAGUCCGACUACGUCUCCAACAACCAGUCCGACUACGUCUCCAACUACAUCACCGACUACGUCUCCAACGACAAGUCAUACCACUUCUCCUACAACCAGUCCGACUACUUCACCAACGACCAGUCCUACGGCAUCACCAACAACCAGUCCGACUACUUCACCAACGACCAGUCCAACGGCAUCACCAACAACCAGUCCUACUACUUCACCAACAACCAGCCCAACUACUUCGCCGACAACCAGUCCUACUACGUCUCCUACAACCAGUCCGACUACAUCUCCAACAGCAAGUCCUACAACAUCACCAACAACUAGUCCAACUACGUCUCCGACAACCAGUCCGACUACGUCUCCAACAACAAGUCCUACGACAUCACCAACAACCAGCCCAACUACAUCACCGACUACGUCUCCAACGACAAGUCCUACCACUUCUCCUACAACAAGUCCAACUACAUCGCCAACGACCAGUCCGACUACUUCACCAACGACCAGUCCGACUACUUCACCAACGACCAGUCCAACUACUUCGCCGACAACCAGCCCUACUACAUCACCGACUACGUCUCCAACGACAAGUCCUACCACUUCUCCUACAACCAGUCCGACUACUUCACCAACGACCAGUCCUACGGCAUCACCCACAACCAGUCCUACUACUUCACCAACAACCAGCCCAACUACUUCGCCGACAACCAGUCCUACUACGUCUCCGACAACCAGUCCGACUACGUCUCCAACAACAAGUCCUACGACAUCACCAACAUCCAGCCCAAAUACAUCACCGACUACGUCUCCAACGACAAGUCCUACCACUUCUCCUACAACCAGUCCAACUACAUCGCCAACGACCAGUCCGAAUACUUCACCAACGACCAGUCCUACGGCUUCACCAACAACCAGUCCUACUACUUCACCAACAACCAGCCCAACUACUUCGCCGACAACCAGUCCUACUACGUCUCCGACAACCAGUCCUACUACGUCUCCUACAACCAGUCCUACUACAUCUCCAACAACAAGUCCUACUACAUCACCAACAACUAGUCCAACUACGUCUCCGACAACCAGUCCGACUACGUCUCCAACAACAAGUCCUACGACAUCACCAACAACCAGCCCAACUACAUCACCGACUACGUCUCCAACGACAAGUCCUAAUACUUCUCCUACAACCAGUCCAAUUACGUCACCAACGACCAGUCCGACUACUUCGCCAACAACCAGUCCAACGACUUCGCCAACAACAAGUCCAACUACGUCUCCAACAACAAGUCCUACUACUUCUCCUACAGCCAGUCCAACUACAUCACCAACGACCAGUCCGACGACUUCGCCAACAACCAGUCCGACUACUUCGCCAACAACCAGUCCAACUACAUCACCGACUACCAGUCCAACUACAUCACCGACUACGUCUCCAACAACAAGUCCUACUACUUCUCCUACAACCAGUCCAACUACAUCGCCAACAAUCAGUCCGGCUACAUCACCGACAACAAGUCCAACUACAUCACCGACUACAUCUCCAACAACAAGUCCUACUACUUCUCCUACAACCAGUCCAACUACAUCACAAACGACCAGUCCGAUUACUUCGCCAAUAACAAGUCCAACUACGUCUCCAACAACAAGUCCUACUACUUCUCCUACAACCAGUCCAACUACAUCACCAACGACCAGUCCGACUACUUCACCAACAACCAGCCCCAUUACUCCAACCACCUCUCCAACCACCAGUCCGACUACCUCUCCAACAACCAGUCCAACAACAUCUCCAACAACCAGUCCAACUACUUCACUGACAACCAGUCCUACUACGUCUCCUACAACCAGUCCAACUACAUCACCAACGACCAGUCCGACUACGUCUCCAACAACCAGUCCAACUACAUCGCCAACGACCAGUCCGACUACUUCUCCGGCAACCAGUCCCACUACGUCUCCAACAACAAGUCCUACGACAUCUCCAACAACCAGUCCUACUACUUCACCAACAACAAGCCCCACUACCUCUCCAACAACCAGUCCUACUACCUCUCCAACCACCAGUCCGACUACUUCACCAACAACAAGUCCUGCUACUUCUCCAACAACCAGUCCUACUACUUCUCCAACAACAAGUCCUACUACUUCUCCAGCAACAAGUCCUACUACAUCACCAACGACCAGUCCAAAUACUUCUCCAACAACAAGUCCAACUACUUCUCCAACAACCAGCCCUACUACUUCUCAGACAACCAGUCCUACUACUUCUCCGACAACAAGUCCUACUACUUCUCCAACCAACAGUCCGACUACCUCUCCAACCACCAGUCCUACGACAUCACCAACCACCAGUCCUACUACUUCUCUAACAACCAGUCCUACUACCUCUCCAACUACCAGUCCGACUACUUCACCAACAACAAGUCCUGCUACUUCACCAACAACAAGUCCUGCUACUUCUCCAGCAACAAGUCCGACUACAUCACCGACGACCAGUCCAACUACUUCUCCAACAACAAGCCCAACUACUUCUCCAACAACCAGUUCUACUACUUCUCCGACAACCAGUCCUACUACUUCUCCGACAACCAGUCCUACUACUUCUCCAACCACCAGUCCUACUAAUUCUCCAACUACGAGUCCUACUACCUCUCCAACAACCAGUCCUGCUACUUCACCAACAACCAGUCCUACUACUUCUCCAACAACCAGUCCUGCUACUUCACCAACAACCAGUCCUACUACUUCUCCAACAACCAGUCCUGCUACUUCUCCAACAACCAGUCCUACUACUUCUCCAACAACUAGUCCAACUACUUCUCCAACAACAAGCCCUACGACAUCACCAACAACCAGUCCUACUACUUCUCCAACAACCAGUCCUGCUACUUCACCAACAACCAGUCCUACUACUUCUCCAACAACUAGUCCAACUACUUCUCCAACAACAAGUCCAACUACUUCUCCAACAACCAGCCCUACUACUUCUCCAACAACCAGUCCUACUACUUCUCCAACAACUAGUCCAACUACUUCUCCAACAACAAGCCCUACGACAUCACCAACAACAAGUAGCAUCACAGGUAAUGGUACAGUUUAA